UCUUCGCAUUUUCCAUAUUAGCUUCCACUAGUUUCUACACUUCAAAGACAAUGAAAACAGCGAGGGUCAAUCUGAAUCGAAGGAUUAGAUGAUAUAAAUACGUCCGGUGGUGUCCCUGUGUCUGUCAUGGGGACAGAGCGCGAGGACACCGAGGUGACGAACAGCGAUGCAUCUCAGUUGGACACGGCUAGUGUUGCGGAUGUGUCGGUGGAACUGGCCACGGUGGACCACACUCUGCAGAGGAUCUGUAAGAGGUACAACCAGCGCAGACGGAGGCCCAGGACAGCCAGAAAGCCCCGGAAGCCCAGGCAGCUGUGGCAUACCUGGAACCUCCAGUACCUGGCUAUCAUCAUCACCGCGGUGGUGUUUGUGGUGAUGAUCAUCAUGUGGUCGCUGCUCUGGGUCUUCAUAUUUCGCAGGGAGAGUAACAGCAGUGUGUACUUUGCCGGAAUGUUUCGGGUUGCCAACGUGGAAUUCAUACCAGAAUACCGCCACACGGAAUCCCAUGAGUUUGUCUCAAUGGCCAGCAAGAUACAGCAUGUGGUGAGCAGUGUGUACAGGACCUCCUCAGUGUCCAGACUCUACCGUCAGGCUCUCAUAUCAGACCUCAGUAACAACAAUAAGGGGGGCGUCCUGGUGUAUUUCUGGAUGGUGUUUGUGGUUCCCCAUCUGAAGACCCCUGCUGUGUGUGAGGAGUGUGUGGGGGCUAUCCUCAGGGACUCUGUUCACACCAGCAUGCAGAACCGGUCGUCCGUAGGCUACCUGAUGAGCCUACCGGUGGACAUCGACUCCAUCCUUGUCAACGCCGCUCUGCGUUCGGAUUAUUCAUCAACUGCAGCAGGCUCCCAGUGUGUGGACAAGCUGUAUGCCAACCUGGGGGGUCAGAGGGUGCCCCUGAACGUGUACUCGUCCUGGGGGGGUCUGAGCUGCCAUGUCAAGCUGACCUCGGCCCCCAGCUCUCUCAUCCGCCUCACCAUCACCUUCCUCCUCAUCGAGCCCAGCGACUGUGAGAGUGAUUCCCUCACCGUGUACGACGCUCUGCUGCCCAUGAGGGGGCGCACUCUCCACAGGUUGUGUGAGCAGCUGUCCUCCCCCAUCUCCCUGGUGUCCUCCUCUAACGUCAUGCUGCUGUCCUUCAGGAUGACCGCAGGAAACAAGAACUUCAGAGGAUACUUCGAAGCCAUCGCCGGAGAAGAGUGUUUGUCUCACAUUGAGACAGAUCUGGAACCUGGCUCCACAGGCCCCAUCUUCAGCCCCUUCUACCCCAGCAUGCUCCCCCCACAGUCCUCCUGCAUCUGGAGGUUUCAGACUCCAAACGGGGCUCUGGGCGUGGCUUUGCAAUUUGAGAACUACGAAUUGAACCAGAAGGACCUGAAAGCCUGUGAGCAUGGCUGGUGGAAGGUCAACGAGAACCUUUUCUGUGGCAGCUACGUCGGUCACUCUACAGUGUUCCGCAUCGCCUACACGGCGUCAGAGGUGGAGUUCCUCUGCAGCUCCCGCACCUCCGCCCAGCCCUUCCGGGCCCACUACAGCAGCUACAACAUCAGCCAGCCCUGCCCGGAGAGGUCUUUCCUGUGCUCCACAGGACUGUGUGUGGAGAAGAGCCGGCGCUGCGACGGCUUGGACGACUGCCAGGAUGAGAGCGAUGAGGUUUUCUGCUCCAGUCCUUUAAAGAACUGUGGGGGCACCAGCCCUGUUCACCCUCUCUAUGUGUGCAACGGGGAGAAAGACUGUAUCGAUGGCAGGGAUGAAACCAACUGCACUCUGGAGACCAGCUGCUCUGAGAUCCGCUACAGGUGUGCCAGUGGUUCCUGCAUCCUGAAGAAGAACGCCAGGUGUGACGGACUCACUGACUGUCUGGACGACAGCGACGAGAACAACUGUGACUGUGGGUUCCCUUCGCCUGUGAAGAGACUGGUGUCGACCUCUGGUCAGGAGAGGGUGGUGGGCGGAGUCAAUGCUCUGGAAGGGGAGUGGCCAUGGCAGGUCAGCCUUCACUUCGCUGGUCACCUGUACUGCGGUGCCUCAAUCCUGUCGUCAGAUUGGCUCAUCUCAGCUGCCCACUGUUUCGGCAAGGACAGGCUGUCCGAACUGCGCCAGUGGAGCGUCUACAUAGGCAUGUUGACGCAGGGCAGCGCCAGGCACGUAGCAGAGAUCCGGCGCAUCGUGAUGCAUGAGUACUACAACGCUGCCACGUUUGACUACGACAUCUCCCUCGUGCAACUGAAGAAGCCCUGGCCGCCCUCCCUUACCCCCCUGGCCCAGCCUGUCUGCCUGCCCGCCCCCUCCCAGACCCUCACCAAGGCCCACCGCUGCUGGGUCACCGGCUGGGGUUAUCGUUCUGAGGACGACAAGGUGCUGCCGUCGAUGUUGCAGAAGGCGGAGGUGUCUGUGCUGAGCCAGGGAGACUGCAAGAGGAGCUACGGCCCCGUCUCUCCCCGCAUGCUGUGUGCCGGGGUUCCCUCUGGGGAACAGGAUGCCUGUCGGGGGGACUCGGGGGGCCCUCUGUCCUGCAGGGCCCCCGGGGGCCGCUGGUUCUUAAUGGGCAUCGUGAGUUGGGGCGCGGGCUGUGGAAGACCCAACCUGCCAGGUGUCUACACCCGAGUCAGCAAGUUUACCUCCUGGAUUCAGAGCUACGUCACCUGACCCAGACACACGCGUUUUGUCCCACGUGUUCCCCAUGAACUAGUGCUUUACCUGGUGUUCAUCAUAUUGAAAGUGGUAACAAUCUUAUGUUAUAUUGCACUGGCAUUUCAGACAAUUGGAUGACAGUUUUGUUGCAAGUACGGUACCAGUUUCUGUGUAAACAAAACAUCAAUGGGUAACUAUUUUGUUAUUACUGCUUUUACCC